AUGAAACAAGUUGGAUUCCAGUUUGUGCUACUAGAUGGAGCUAUAACAACUCAAGAGUCCUGUGUCGAUCGAUGGGUUAUGAUUCAAAAAGUGUUAUUCUCUCAAAACUGAUUCGACAUAACCCUGUUUACCUGAAGACAGACAUAAGAUGUAAUGGGACAGAACAUCAUUUGAAAGACUGCAUCAAUUACAUUUGGGAAAAGGCGAGUGGAACUUAUCAAGACAGAAGGUUGGUUGACUGUUCACAGAUAGUUUUAUCAUGCGACAUGAGGCAACUGCGUGUGCGCCUGGAGAGUGAGGGUUGUUAUACUGGUCUGCCAGCAUUUGACUUCUACAAUGAAGAUAGGAUUGCACAUAUAGUACAAUGUAGAAAUUGUAGAGUCUGCAUCCCAAAAUGGAGAAAAUGGGGCAUACAAGAAGCUAAAACAAUCUGCAAAGUACUUGGCUACCCGCCCCAAUAUACUAGUAUAAGAGUCCUCCAUUUUAACACUAAACAUACAGAGGAUAAGUUUAUACAAGGGUUUAAAUGUGAAGAUAUGUUUGAUGGAGGUACGGUCUGCCAUUUGGUUGCUAGUGGUUGUUAUUAUAAAUGGAACUGGCGGCACACAGCUGUUUACUGCCACAAUGGACCUGCAGAGGCCCUUCCAAGUAACUUUACUGCUAAGCCAGAGCUGCUCUCAAAAGGUUAUGGGCAGAUUGAGAUUCAUUACAACAACAAGAGGGGUGCAGUAUGUGCCCAUGGCUGGGGGAUCAAUGAAACAAAGGUUGCCUGUAGGGGAUAUACUCCCACUAAUUCAACAAAACGAUACAUAAUGACAGAUGACCAGACUAACAAUUUUGCCCACUUUGGUGCUAGGCACAACCUAAAUGAUGUCAUUGUUAUGAGCGAUGUAAAAUGCAAUGGAGAUGAACAACAUCUAUCUGAA